AGUCCCAAGGAUUAUGAUUUAUUAUUAUAUACAUUGUGCGUCUCUCUCAUCAUCAUCAUCAUCAUUCAUUGGUUAACGGAGGGAGAACGAACAAUAUAUGGAUACACAUCUCAUUGGCGAAUUGAGAUCCUCUCAUAAAUGGAAGCUCAAAUCUCUCCCGUCGCUUCUUUCCAUCCGACGGACCACGUUUCCCUUUGCCCGCCGACUCGGUUUCUUUCUCUCUCCGCAUCCUCGAUAACAACUACACCAAACGCGAAACCAACGCACGGAGAAGAGCGUUGCGGAUUCCACCCCUUCUCUUCCCUCUUCCGUCUUCUCCUUCCAGUCUCGCCACUGUCUCCAGCUCUGGUUUGGGAUAUCCGCCGCCUGUUAGGAGCGCAGGGAGUUGCCGGCUGCGUGGGGUUCCUCCUCCAGAGUCCAGCUCUGUCGAUCGGGUUUGCCCACCUGUUUCACUUGAUCUCUGCUUCUAUCCUCAUCUAUCAGAUCUCUUUCUCUUUCCCCAACGAAAGGAAUAAAAAAUCUCGUCUUUGGACUGAAUCUACUAUAAAGUUGGCUCCUUGGAGCUCUGCUGAGCUCGCCAUCUGGUCUUCUGUUUGCGUGAUGUUAGGGUAGAUGAUCUCGUGCCAAAGGCGUCUCCUUUUUCUUUAGUUUGAUCAGCUACAGAUCAAGCCUUCCUCAGCUGAUUUCUGGGAACUGAUAGGCAGAGAGGAGGCAGAGAUGGGAGCUGAUCAUCUUAGUGAGGUUGGAAGCUGCUACGGGAUUGAGGAUGUUGCAUUGGAAGAAGAAACGCCAUCCGGUAGCAACGGCUUGCGUACUCGACACAAGUGCCCGGAGACGGGAAAGGCCAAGCAAGCAACGGUUCAGGAAGCGGUGCCACCUGGUCCGGGGGCUGAGCUUGUCGCAGACCAACCCGCCAAUAUCAAAUCCGAGAUUUGCCCUCUCGACGACGAUCACAGAUCUGUAUCGAAGGCCAGCGAGGGGUUCGGCAGCUCCAAACGAAAGCAUGCAAGCAAAGGCGGAUCGGGGAUCCCUACAUGCCCGGAGUGCGGGAAGACGUUUGCUUCAGAUAAGGCACUUUUUGGCCACUUGCGGUGCCACCCGGAGAGAGAUUACAGGGGAGCUAAUCCGCCACCGGGCUCACGGAAGCAGCCGAAGCCGGACGCCGGUUCUUCUGCCGCGAGAGAUCUGCCUGCGAAAAAGUGGCAGACGACCGCGAGAAGAGGUCGACAAGGGACGGCCAGCGGCGGCGACGACGCCGAAGAUCUUUUAGAGGCUGCUGCCAUGACCAUAUUUCGUAUGGCACAUGCAGAGCACCGGGGUCGGGCCGCAAUCACUGAUGAGGAGGAAGGAAAUCAGACGAAACAACUUCAGCUCACUCAGUCUUGCCACAAUGAUGAUGAGCUUCCUCCUAGGGUUCAGAAUAUCAACUCUGGGGACGAUCUGACAUCGAGCUACAGGAGAACUAAGAAGACGAAGGUCGAGUCCGCCACAUCUGAUCAUGGUCGAAGGUACGCGUGCAGUGUGUGCUCCAAGACCUUCUCUUCGCACCAGGCACUUGGGGGGCACAUAGCCAGUCACAAUAAGAACAAGACCAACCCCAAAGAAGCAGCGGCGACCUCAGCGACGGUGGAGAACCAGGGCAGAAGCACUGCAGUCGCGAAACCGGCCACCGCGGAACACCGGUGCAAGAUUUGCAACGACGUGUUCACCAGCGGGCAGGCACUUGGAGGUCACCAGAGACGGCACUUCCAUCAACUACACCGUCGAUCUCCAGCUCCAUCCUCUUCCUCACACCCAUCUGACGACCAUGUGGCGCCGGUGCAGUACCAUCACCCCGGUGAGCAGCAGCUACAUGAUCCAGCUCCAUCAUCUUCAUCACACUCAGCUCAACAUGAUCAGUUCUGCUGGGAUCUCAAUAAGGCACCACCGAAUCUUGACUGAGAACACAUCUAUGCUACAAAUCGAGUUCUAACAAGUUUGCAGU